AUGCUCCUUCUACAUCUUUGGGAGUGUCACCUUUCUCAUUCCUACUCCACUACCCAGUUGUGCCUGGGGUACCUUCCAGUCGUCAAAGCUGCUAGAGCGCGGCAUCUGGAUCGGAAACGGGCGGAGUACGAACACUUCAUCAAGGUAGCGGAGUUUGGCAGGUCCCACGCCAGCUCUCCCAACCCUCUCGGCUCCGCACCCCUCCCCGCCUCGCCCGACACGCUGAGCCGGUCCUCCCUCCCACACGGCGAUCACCCGCUGUCCGCCGCCCCCGACAGCCAGUGGCGGCUGCGUUUCCAGGACGAAGAGAUGCUGGCUCAGAUAGAUCGCGACGUCUUGCGCACCCACCCCGACCUCCACUUCUUCAGCGGCGAGGGAGAGGCCGCCACGCAGCAUCGCAGGGCCAUGUCUCGCGCGCUCUUCAUUUAUGCAAAGCUCAACCCCGGCAUCAAGUAUGUGCAAGGCAUGAACGAGCUCCUGGCCCCCCUGUACCACGUCUUUUACACAGGUGCUGCCGAUGAGGAGGAGCGGGGCCGCGCCGAGGCGGACGCCUUCUUCUGCUUCAUGGAGCUGGUGUCGGGGUGCCGGGACCACUUCUGCCAGCAGCUGGACGACUCGGCCGCCGGGAUUAAGGCAACGCUGGCCCGCCUGGCCGACCGCCUACGCGCGCUGGACGCUGAGCUGGCGGAGCACCUGCUGGACCGCAACGGCGUGGCCCCCCACUACUUUGCCUUCCGCUGGAUCACGCUGAUGCUGACGCAGGAGUUCCCCUUCCCGGACAGCCUGCGCCUCUGGGACGGGCUGCUCGCGGGCGGGUCGCGCGGCGGCGAGGACCUGUUGCGCUUUUGCCUCGCCAUGCUCGUGAUCGUGCGGCAGGACAUCCUGCAGGGCGACUUCUCAGCCAACAUGAAGCUGCUGCAGCACUACCCGCCCAUGGACGUCGCCAGGAUCCUGGAGCAGGCGCAGGCCCUGGAAGCCGGCGAGCAGCUGUCGUGA